AUGGCCCAGCUCGCCGGUCAGCCGCACUUCAGCAGAAGCGGUCAGCAUCUAACAUACGGUACUCCAAGCCAGCAGCGCCCGUCAAGUCUGAAGAGAGUGCGGCCACACGAGGAGCUGGAUAUGAAUCUAGGACUGGAGGACGAUGGCCUGGAAUCUCUGGGACAGCAAAGUAUGGUGGGGUACGGCCAGCCUCCACCCCCGCAGCACCAUCAUCACCAUCACAUUCCGGACUCGGGACGGCCGUCGAAAAUGUCAAGACAUGGUGCUGAUGAUUCAAUGAUGUCUCAAGGCGCCCCAAGCGUAGUCGGCCAACCCGGGAUGCCAUCGCCAGCUCAGAAGCCGCGCGGACCGAAGCUGAAGUUCACACCCGAAGAUGACCAACUGCUCGUCGACCUCAAAGAGAACAAAUCUUUGACCUGGAAGCAAAUUGCCGAGUUUUUCCCUGGACGAUCAUCUGGAACACUGCAAGUACGCUACUGUACGAAGCUCAAAGCUAAGACUACGCAGUGGACCGAUGAAACCGUUCAGAAGCUUCGUGUCGCACUUCAAGACUAUGAGCAGGAGAAGUGGCGUAUCGUUGCAGGCAAGGUGGGGACAGGCUUUACGCCGGCAGCGUGCCGGGAGAAGGCAGAUGAAUUAUAG